GGGUGUGGCCCUAAUCUGCCUCCCGGCGGAGCGCCGGCGGGGUGAGGUCUUGGGGCUGAGACCACUGCCUCCUCCUUUCCCCGCAUUUUCCGGGCCUUCCAGACCUCUCUAGGACUGCCCAAUGGGCCGCACCGUGGUCGUGCUGGGCGGAGGCAUCAGCGGCUUGGCUGCCAGUUACCACCUGAGCCGGGCCCCCGAUCCCCCCAAAGUGGUCGUUGUGGAGGGCAGUAAGCGUCUGGGAGGAUGGAUCCGCUCAGUUCGAGGGCCGGAUGGUGCUAUCUUUGAACUUGGACCUCGAGGAAUUCGGCCGGCUGGAGUCCUGGGGGCCCGGACCCUGCUCCUGGUUUCUGAGCUUGGCUUGGACUCAGAAGUGUUGCCUGUCCGGGGAGACCAUCCAGCCGCCCAGAACAGGUUCCUGUAUGUAGGAGGCGCCCUGCACCCCCUGCCCACUGGCCUCAGGGGGCUAUUCCGCCCUUCACCUCCCUUCUCCAAACCUCUGUUCUGGGCUGGGCUGAGGGAAUUGACCAAGCCCCGGGGCAAAGAGCCUGAUGAGAGUGUGCACAGUUUUGCCCAGCGCCGCCUUGGACCUGAGGUGGCAUCUCUAGCUAUGGACAGUCUCUGCCGUGGAGUGUUUGCCGGGAACAGUCGUGAGCUCAGCAUCAGGUCCUGCUUUCCCAGUCUCUUCCAAGCUGAACAAACACACCGUUCCAUAUUACUGGGGCUGCUGCUGGGGGCAGGGCGGAGCCCACAGCCAGACUCAGCACUUGUUCGCCAGGCCCGGGCGGAGCGCUGGAGCCAGUGGUCCCUCCGUGGAGGGCUGGAGAUGUUGCCUCAGGCCCUUGACACGCACCUAACUAGCAGGGGGGUCAGUGUUCUCAGAGGCCAACCAGUCUGUGGGCUCAGCCUUCAGGCAGAAGGGCGCUGGAAGGUGUCUCUAGGGGACAGCAGUCUGGAGGCUGACCAUGUUAUUAGUGCAGUGCCAGCCUCAGUGCUAAGUGAGCUGCUCCCUGCUGAGGCUGCACCGCUGGCUCGUGCCCUGCGUACCAUCACUGCUGUGUCUGUUGCUGUGGUGAACCUACAGUACCAAGGAGCUCGCCUGCCUGUCCAGGGAUUUGGACAUUUGGUGCCGUCCUCCGAAGACCCAGGCGUUCUGGGAAUCGUGUAUGACUCAGUUGCUUUCCCUGAGCAGGAUGGGAGAUCCCCUGGCCUCAGAGUGACUGUGAUGCUGGGAGGUUCCUGGCUACAGAUGCAGGAGGCCAGCGGCUGUGUCUUAUCUCAGGAGCUGUUCCAACAGGAGGCAGAGAAAGCAGCCGCCAUACAGUUAGGAUUAAAGGAGCCACCGAGUCACUGCUUAGUCCAUCUACAUAAGAACUGUAUCCCCCAGUAUACACUAGGCCACUGGCAAAAACUGGAGUCAGCUACCCAAUUCCUGGCAACUCACAGGCUGCCCCUAACACUGGCCGGAGCCUCCUAUGAGGGGAUUGCUGUCAAUGACUGCAUAGAAAGUGGGCGCCAGGCAGCAGCCCGGGCCCUGGGCAUAGAACCUGACAGGUAAUCCCCGACAUCCACCUACUCCUGCCCCUGCUGGCAGGGACCCUCCCACCUGUGGAAAUAAAAGUUGCUGGAGCAUGGCUUUGUCUGGCUCUUCUGUCACCUGUGGGCAUAAGGAGGGCAAAGGCAAAGGCAGGCAAAGGGUGCCUGGGAUGCAGAAAGCAAGAGCAGAGGCAA